GCUCGGGUCCAGGGUGAGGCUCGCGGCACGGGGUGCUUCCGCCUUGACGGGCGUUGCGUUCUGGGAAGAUGGUAGCGCGCUGCUGCUGAGCGGCUGGAGUGGCAGGUUUUUGACCAGCAGGUAAAAAUCAUACUCAAAGGCAAAUCAACAACCCUGUAUCCAAUACAUAGAUAUUAUAAGUUGGGAUCCAUUAUGAAGAUCUUCUGUGGAAGGGCCAAUCCAACCACAGGUGCAAUGGAGUGGUUAGAGGAAGAUGAGGAUUAUGACUAUCAUCAGGAAAUUGCAAGAUCACGCUAUGCAGACAUGCUGCAUGACAAAGACAGAGUAAGUACAGGAAAAAAAAUGGCCCCUAAAAUGUGGAAAAUGUGUGGAAUGUUUCUCUGCAGUGUGGAUUUCAGUAAACAAGUAAGCAGUGCCUCUGCUUAUCAUAGAGUGCUGUUGAAGCCUGUAAAGUCUGGCAUGGCACAGGUGAUCCUCUCUUGGUGGGAUAUUGACAUGGAUCCCUCUGGCACAAUAAAAUGCACAAUGGCACCAUACUGGGCACAACCCACCACUCUUGAUAUCCAAUGGAGAGACCACUGGAUGCAGUGUGUAUAUUUUCUUCCAAAUGAAAAACCACUUCUUCAGGGUGAGAUUGUGUAUUUAACUGCCUGUCGUGAUGAGUAUUCUGUGCGGUACAAGCUUCAAAAAGCAAGAGAUAAAGAAGAUAAAACAGAUGCCCAUGUUGCAAGUCCCGUUUGUAGAUGUCAGGCUCACCUGCUAUGGAAUAGGCCACGUUUUGGAGAACUAAAUGAUCAGAACCGAACAAAUGAAUAUAUCAAGGCUUUGAAGAAAGUUCUGAAAACAGAUAGUGUUUGCCUCUGCAUCAGUGAUGGCAGUCUGCUUCCUGUGCUGGCUCACUAUCUUGGAGCACAGCAGGUGUUCACAUUGGAGAACUCUGCAGUAUCCCACUCUGUCAUGGAGAAAAUUUUUAAAGCCAAUCAUCUAGAAGAUAAAAUUAAAAUAAUAGAGAAACGUCCAGAGUUGCUGACCCCUUCUGAUUUAGAAAAUAACAAGGUCUCUGUUGUUAUUGGAGAACCAUUUUUCACUACAAGCUUACUACCUUGGCACAACUUGUAUUUUUGGUAUGCCAGAACAGCAGCAGCUAAUCAACUCGCCAGAAACAUCACUGUCCUGCCACAGUCUGUUUCCCUGAACAUGAUGGUUGUAGAGUUUAAGGACUUGUGGAGAAUCCGAAGUCCAUGUCGUACUUGUGAAGGGUUUGAUGUUCACAUUAUGGAUGAUAUGAUUGGGAAUUCUCUGAAUUUUCAAGAAUCCAAGGAGGCAGAGCCUCACCCACUGUGGGAAUACCCUUGCAAAUCACUAUCGGAUCCCCAGCAGGUCAUGACAUUUGAUUUCAGACAGACUGUACCACAGCACCGUCUCAGCACAGAGGGUUCCAUGAAACUGUUACGGACUGUAAAAAGCUAUGGAGCUGCAUGA